AUGGAUUUCGCCGAACAGUUUGAAGCGGACAAGCGCUCGCGAAGCGUAGUAAUCAGUGGACUCCCUGACUCGGGGUCUUCAGACAGACUGGACAACCUGGAGGAAAAAGUCAACGAUAUUUUGCUUGCUUUAAAUGUGAGCUGUCGUCCAGUUGAUCUAUACCGGAUGGGUAAACCUAAUGCUUCACAUCCACGCCUAGUAAAAGUCGUUUUUCCCUCUCAGUUCUACUGGCGUCGAGCGCUUGCUAAUGCGCGCCUUCUUCGCGGUGCAGGUUUUCCCAAUGUUUAUAUCCGCAGAAGUAUGACACCUGAUGAAAGGAAACGAGAGUAUGAACUGAGACAAGAAGCACGCGAGCGUAACAGAGGAAAAAGUCAGCAGGAGUGGGUGGUUUACCGUGGCGAACUAAGGCACAUCUCGGACAUUAAGCGAAACACAUCGGGAAACGCGUAA